AUGCGACAACACUCGCUCUCGAGUGUGCGCAAAUUAAACGAGCUGGUUCACGAAUGUAACGUUCAACUGGCGGCUUUUCGACACGCCGUUCAAGGGAUUGGAACGGCUCAAGAUGGGGCGAGUUUGCGCAGAGAGGUGGAAACAGCUGGUCGAGCCUGUUAUCGAGCGUGCGAGGCCGCAAAAAACUGUGUUCUCCCUCAACUUCGGCAUGAAGGCGUAGAGUUUACGCGACACGCCUCUCAAUUCAUCGGUUGCGUAGCGGCGUUUGUCGUUGAAAUGAAGCGAUGUAUGGCUCUAGAAACGACCUUCCCAGCUCCCGUUGAACCUUGUGUGACGAAGACACAAAUCGAGGCGAUGGAGAGUAUGCUGGAGACGCUCGAGAAUUUGAUCACCGUGCAUUUCUCGACGAAUGAGGGAUCACCCACUGACAAAGUGACACCCCGUCGUCGUCGAGCCACCUCGUGUCGACCGCAAUGCGUGUGCUCGAAGCUGAAAACCAGUUACGCC